ACGGAGGGUGGAGCAGCCCCUGUGGUAGGAAAUGGCCUGGCUUGGCUCUGCCUUCUGCCGUGUGAGUAACACACUGAAGCCAGAAGCUGUGGGCUGUGGGGAAGUGGCUGCAUUUCCAUCCAAGGGACCCUGAACUUUGCCAGACUUCGGGGUUGAGAGAAGCCACUAGCAGCAUCCCAGAGCUGUCAGCACCGGCCUCAGCCCAGGCGGCUCUCUCCCUGAGCUUCCUGCACCCUGACCCUCUCCAGCCUCAGACCUGAGACAGGGCUGGACAAGGAAGCAGAGAGCAGAAGAAAAGCAGAAGCAAAGCUCAGAUCUGCUGGGAGGAGGCUCCAUUUUGUCUCCUCCUGGGGUCUUGCACAGUGGCAGGUGACAUUCGUGUUACAGGAAUGACUGCCAGGGCCUGGGCCUCGUGGCGGCCUUCAGCUCUGCUCCUCCUGCUUGUCCCAGGCUGUUUUCCUCUGAGAGGCCCCAGCACCGUGGACGGCCCCGUGGGGGGAUCCCUGAGCGUGCAGUGUUGGUAUGAGGAGAAACACAAGACUCUCAACAAAUACUGGUGCAGACCACCACGGGUUCUCCAAUGUAACAAGAUUGUGGAGACCAAAGGGCCAGCAGGAAAAAUGAACAGCCGAGUGUCCAUCAGGGACAGUCCUGAAAACCUCAGCUUCACAGUGACCUUGGAGAAUCUCACAGAGGAGGACGCAGGCACAUACUGGUGUGGGGUGAAUACACCGUGGCUCCAAGACCUUUAUGAUCCCUAUGUCCAGGUUGAGGUGUCCGUGUUCCCAGGUGAGCUGACCCGUGUUUCACCCACAGCCUCCAGCCCCCAGAGCUCCAUGGGCACCUCAGGUCCUCCCCCGAAGCUACCAGUGCACACCUGGCCCAGCGUGACCAGAAAGGACAGCCCCGAACCCAGCCCACACCCUGGCUCCCUGUUCAGCAACGUCCGCUUCCUGCUCCUGGUCCUCCUGGAGCUGCCCCUGCUCCUGAGCAUGCUGGGUGCCAUCCUCUGGGUGAACAGACCUCGGAGAAGCUCUAGAAGCAGGCAGAGUUGGCCCGAGGGUGAGAACCAGUAGCAUCUGCUGUCCAUCAAGGCCCUGCGCUGCGACAGAGCCCUGCUGCGGGACUGGAAUGACCUCCUGACCGCUCCCUCCCGGGCUGCUUUCCCCACAUCUCCCGGAAUCCUCUGUGAGCCUCCUUCAGCCUUUUCCCUGUGCCCGAUCCUCAUGUGUCACACGUGAACCUGAUGGACAUGGACACCCUGAGCUGUGACUCCACGUCUCACGUGCACGCCCUGGACAGCUAAGCUCAAGGUGUCAGCAACACAUUUGAGUGCCCGUAUGCCCUCCCUGCAUCCUUCCUUUUUCUCCAGGAGCCUGGCAUUGCUUCCUCCACGUUUUUACAGGGAGAGGCAGGUCCAGGACUCCCCUGUACCUUUGCCACCAUAAUCGCCCACACUCCCUGGGUCCAGGAGUGCAGAAUAUGAGGCUGCUUCCAUUUACUGAGUGUGUCGAUUCCAUGAUGCCUUCAAACUUUAAGAAAUGACGAUGUGUAGGUUUGGGAUGUAUCAGGCCUACUAAGUCAGACCUGAGUGAGAAA